GUUUUUUCAAUGCCCGAUUAGCACAAAUUCGUCGGUUAACAACCGAUUAAGUUUACCAGGCGAUGGCCACCGGUUAGCUGCUAACCGAUCAAAAAGUGACAUCUGACAGCUGUCAAAAAUAUCAAAAAUUAAUUUAUUGUUAUUUACACGCACAUUUUUAUAAUUAUGGAACAUAUAAUUGGGCUUUCUAUUAUUUCCAAUUUGGAUUCGAUGCGCGUUAUAAGAAAACCGCGAACAUAUGGAGCGAAAGCAAAUUUCUUUGAGGAAUAUGACGAGUAUACAUUUGUAAAAAGGUUUCGUCUUUCAAAAAAAAGUGCUCUGUAUAUUUUUGAAAAAAUUCAAAGAAAAAUUCGAAAUUACACUCAAAGAAACCACGCACUGAGCCCAUUGGAAAUGUUAUUGCUAGCGUUGCGCUUCUAUGCAUCAGGAAGCUUUUUAAUUACAGUGGCUGAUUUCUGUGGAGUGAGUACGUCCACUGCAAGCCGAGUAGUCAAAAGAGUCUCCUAUGCAAUUGCAGAACUUUCGAGAGAGUAUAUUAAAAUGCCAAAAAGCAGUGCAGAAUUGGAAAUUGUUAAUCGUAGUUUUCAUCGGAUUGCAAAUUUCCCAAAAGUCGUUGGAUGUAUAGACUGCACCCAUGUAAAGAUCCAAUCGCCUGGUGGAGUAAACGCCGAAAUAUUCCGAAAUCGGAAAGGGUACUUUUCGUAUAAUGUACAAGCAGUCUGCAAUGCAAAUCUGGAGAUAACUGAUCUUGUAUGUCGAUGGCCUGGCUCCGCACAUGAUGCCAACAUUUUUAAUAAUAGCCGUAUUAAGCAUCGUUUUGAGCUAAAUCAAUUCAAGGAUUGCUUUAUACUAGGCGAUAGUGGGUAUGGUGUCAGUAGAUACAUGAUGACGCCGCUUUUACAUCCUAACACUGCUGCGGAACGGUUGUAUAACGAGUCUCAAAUCAGAACCAGAAAUUGCGUAGAGAGGUGCUUUGGCGUGUGGAAGCGUCGCUUUCCAGUGCUUUCCGCAGGAUUAAGAGUUUCGCAAAAUACCGUUAUGGCAGUUAUUGUAGCCUGCGGUGUUUUACAUAACAUCGCGCGGCAAAAUAGAGAUGCGGAUCCAUCCGAAGAAGAGAAUUUUACUGCUGAAGAGUCCACUGAAAAUGCAAUGGAGGCAGAUGAAUCCACGACCGAAACGCCAGGAGUCUCUUUUAUGAGGUCGAGUUUAAUCAGAGACUAUUUUGCAAGUUUAUAA